CGUUUGCAUCUCUAUAACAUCAAAUCGUCACUUUCUUCACUUCACCGGAGCAACAAUGGCGAUCCCUAAAACCUCAAAGAUAAAACCCAAAUCCAGAUCCCCGAUUUUCCUACUCACAGCCGCCAUCUCCUCAAUCGCCAUUCUCUACCUUUGUUCUUCACUAAUCUCAACAACUGGAUCAAAUACCCUUCAAAUCCCCAUUUCGCGUUUCAUCGACAACACCAAAUCUCUUCAUCGCACUGACACAGAAAAAUUCUUAUAUUGGGGAAACCGAAUUGAUUGCCCCGGAAAACACUGUGAAUCAUGCGAGGGACUUGGUCAUCAGGAGUCCAGCCUCCGUUGUGCUCUCGAGGAAGCAAUCUUUCUACACAGAACUUUUGUGAUGCCUUCGAGGAUGUGUAUAAAUCCAAUCCACAAUAACAAAGGGAUUCUACAUCAUUCCGAUAAUGUUACUUCAGAAGAAAGGUGGGCUGCUAGCUCUUGUGCAAUGGAUACCUUGUAUGAUUUGGACCUCAUAUCCAACACUGUUCCUGUAAUUCUCGAUAAUUCAAAAACUUAUUUCCAGGUUAUGUCAACAAGUAUGAAAUUGGGAUCUAGAGGAGUUGCUCAUGUUGAAGGAGUUACUCGAUUUGAUCUUAAAGAAAGAAAUCACUUCUCCAAGAUUCUGCUUAUCAAUCGAACUGCAAAUCCCCUUUCAUGGUUUAUGGAAUGUAAGGAUCGAAAAAAUCACACCUCUUUGUUGUUACCACAUUCAUUUCUUCCUUCAAUGGCUUCAAAAAGACUUAGAGAUGCAGCACAUAAGAUUAUGGCACUUCUUGGUGAUUAUGAUGCUAUUCAUGUUCGAAGAGGUGAUAUUUUAAAAACAAGAAAAGACAGAUUUGGUGUUGAAAGAACACUGCAUCCUAACCUUGAUAGAGAUACACGUCCUCAGUUUAUUCUUUGUAGAAUCAGAAAGUGGGUCCCACAAGGGCGGAUGUUAUUUAUCGCAUCAAAUGAAAAGACACCGAAUUUCUUUUCCCCUCUUUCCGUGAGGUAUAAAGUAGCGUAUUCAUCAAACUAUAGCAAGAUCUUGGAUCCAAUAGUGGAAAAUAAUUACCAAUUGUUCAUGAUAGAAAGGCUUAUAUUGGCUGGAGCCAAAACUUAUAUAAAAACAUAUAAAGAAACCGAUUCGGAUCUAAGCCUCACUGAUGACCCAAAGAAGAACACAAAGACAUGGCAAAUACCCGUUUACACAAAGGAAGGAUGUUGACUUCAUUUCGUUUUUUUUAAAUCUUUUUUCAAGGAUUGUAAUAUGUACGUUGCUGUCGCAUUUUCAUGUAAUAUGGUGAUGGAUCUUAAGUUUGUAUAUUCUGUUUAGAUUUUUUACACAUAACUUGAAUAUUUUACGUAGAAACCGGAUUAAAUGCAUAUAAGUAUGUUUUGAGAUA